AUGGAAAAAUCAGCGUUGAAGUUAACAGUAUUUACAAUAGGAUGUGUAUUGGUAGUAAUAAUAUCUGUGAUAAAUACUAGCCUACUCAGUGUACAUAUAUCCGGAACUCAUCCUACAAUAAGUGAAACACCGCUCUAUGGGCAAUAUGAUAGCAGUGAAUUAGUGAAUACUGAAAGUAUACCUUUAGCGGCGCCAUCGCCGGCUCGUCGCAGACAACAACGUCUACCACAAUGCUUAAUCAUAGGUGUACGCAAAGGUGGUACCCGAGCGUUGCUGGACGCACUGGCGGUACAACCUUAUAUUCGUGUCGCUCGACGAGAGAUGCAUUUUUUCAAUGAUAAUGAAACAUAUAGCAAAGGGUCCGACUGGUAUCGUCGACAAAUGCCGCAUACUUAUCCUGAGCAGGUGACAAUCGAAAAAACGCCAGCUUAUUUUACAAAUCAGUAUACACCGGAAAGAGUUCAUCGCUUAAAUAGUUCAAUGAAACUGAUAUUAAUAUUGAGGGACCCGGUUAUUCGCACUAUCAGUGAUUUCACUCAGGUACUUUACACAAAACAUGAACGCAACAAGACAAAACCUUCGUUCGAAGCAGAAGCUUUUUUAAACGACAGUUUUGCAAUCAACGUUAAUUAUAAACCGGUACGUAAUUCCCUGUAUUCACUUCAUAUGGGUCAGUGGUUGAAAUAUUUCUCGAUAAAAAAUUUCCUGAUUCUGGAUGGUGAUAAAUUUAUUGUGGAUCCCUUGCCACAGUUGCAAAAAGUUGAGCGAUUUUUGCAUAUUCCUGAGUUAUUCAAACCGGAUCAACUGGUUUUCAAUAAACAUAAAGGAUUUUACUGCUUUCGACGAAAGGACCGAUACACGGCUAAAUGCCUUGGGAAUAAUAAAGGUCGUCCUCAUGCAAACAUUAUGCCAGAAAUUCAAUUGAAAUUGCGCAGGAGUUUUCGGCCAUACAAUGCGGAAUUCAAUAAAAUGGUAAAUCAGUGGUGGAACUGGGAAGAGAAAGUGCCAUUAUCUUCACAUUUUUUAUCUCAGUGA